AUGUCUUCCUGGCUUGGCGGCCUCGGCUCUGGCUUGGGCCAGUCCUUGGGUCAAGUGGGGGGCAGCUUGGCUUCCAUCACUGGCCAGAUUUCAAACUUUACAAAGGACAUGCUGAUGGAGGACACGGAGGAAUUGGAAGCAGAAUUACCUAACUCUAGGAGAAAGGACAUCGAAGCCAUUCACGCAAUCUUAAGAUCAGAGAAUGAGAGACUUAAAAAAGUUUGUAGUGAUUUAGAAGAGAAACACGAAGCAUCUGAACUUCAAAUAAAGCAGCAAUCUACAAGUUACCGAAAUCAACUGCAACAGAAAGAGGUAGAAAUCAGCCAUCUUAAAGCAAGACAGAUAGCGCUACAGGAGGAGCUGCUAAAAGUGCGGUCGGCUGCUCAGUCGGUCCCUUCAGGAUCUGGCAGGGCACCACCAACCUCUGCCUCGACGUCCUUUGGCUAUGAUGUCAGUCACCAUGCCUCAACUUUCCAUGAUGAUGACAUGGACUUUGGUGAUGUAAUUUGGUCCCAACAAGAAAUAAACAGACUGUCAAAUGAAGUCUCCAGACUGGAGUCUGAAGUUAGCCACUGGAGGCAUAUUGCUCAGACAACAAAAGCCCAAGGAACGAAUACCUCUGAUCAAAGUGAAAUCUGCAAACUGCAAAAUACCAUCAAGGAACUUAAACAGAACCGAAGUCAGGAUAUUGAUGUCCAUCAGCAUGAGAUGUCAGUGUUGCAGAAUGCACAUCAACAGAAAUUGACAGAAAUUACUCGUCGGCAUCGAGAAGAAUUAAGUGAUUAUGAAGAACGAAUUGAAGAACUUGAAACUCUGUUACAGCAAGGUGGCUCAGGAGUUGGAGUAACUGAUCACUCUAAAAUUCUUGAGAUGCAAAAGACUAUUCAAAUUCUACAAACUGAAAAAGUAGCAUCUACUGAAAAAAUGGAAGAACUUGAAAAUAGAGUAAAAGAUGCAGAUCAAAAAUUAUCUUCUGCAGAAAACGACCGAGAUGUUUUAAGGAGAGAACAAGAACUGCUAAGUGUGGAGAAGAGACAAAUUAUUGAAGAAUGUGAACGUUUGAAGCUGGACUGUAGUAGAUUGCAGUCUUCUGCUAGGCAGCAGAGUGACACUGUGACAGGAAAGGAAGGGAUGCCGCCACAGAGGCCAUCAGUGGAGGAAGAAGUGCUCAGGCUACAGCAAGCGCUGUCUGAUGCUGAAAAUGAAAUAGUGAGACUGAAAAGUUUAAGCCAGGAUAACAGUCUCACUGAAGACAAUCUGAAACUCCAGGAGCAUGUCCAAGCUUUAGAAAAUAAGAAUUCACUAUUGAAUCAAGAAAAGGAAGAACUUCAAAUAUCACUUUUAAAAUUGAAUAAUGAAUAUGAAAUAAUUAAAAGUACAGCUACAAGAGAAAUGAAUUUGGAUUCAGAAUUAAAUGAAUUAAGACUUAAUUUGGAGGCAAAGGAGCAAGAACUCAAUCAGAGUAUCACUGAAAAGGAAGUACUGGUAGCUGAGCUAGAAGAACUGGACAAACAGAAUCAAGAAGCUACCAAGCACAUGAUUUUGAUGAAAGAUCAACUGUCAAAGCAACAAAAUGAAGGUGAUCACAUGGUCAGCAAACUGAAACAAGAUAUAAAUGAUGAAAAAGAGAGAGUACAUCAACUUGAAGCUGAUAAAAUGAACAUUACUAAGGAGUUAGAGACACAGAAAGAAAAGUUAAUUCAAAGUGAACAGGCCCGUAAUGAAUUACAUGUAACCAAACAGACACUUGAGGGGAAAGUAGAAGAUUUAGUAGAUCAGCUAAAUAAGUUGCAAAACAAUAAUUUGAACACCCAGAAGGAGAACUUUGAACUUAGGGAACAGAUGAGACAGAAUGAGGAGGAGCUUUCCCGAGUCAGGAAUGAGUUCACCCAGGCUCGUAGUCAGCUCUCUGACAGUAGCUUUCAGGAUGAUUUGCUUAAAGAAAGGGAAGAGGAAGUUAGAAACUUAAAGCAAGAUCUUUCACAAAUGGAACACAUCAGUGAAAAUCUGGAGAAAGUUGCUUUUGAUCUCAAACUGGAAAAUGAAAAGUUAGUUUUAGCAUGUGAAGAUGUGAAACAUCAGUUGGAGGAAUCACUUGCUGGUAAGAGCCAGAUUUCUCUGGAAAAGGACACCGUUGUGGAGGCUCUAAAAGUGGAGAAAGAACAUUUAGAAGCGGAAUUAUGUCAGGCUGAGAAGAGGUUCUUGGAACAAACAAACAAGUAUGAGCGUACCAUCGAAGAACUGUCACAUGCUCGUAACCUGAAUAGCUCAACCUUACAACAGGAACACGAGCAUUUCAUCAAACUCAGUCAGGAGAAAGACUUUGAAAUAUCAGAACUCAAAAAGGAUAUUGAGCAGGUGAAUGCUGAUCAUCAGGAAACUAAGGAAACCUUGUCAUCUAGUUUAGAAGAACAGAAGCAAUUGGCACAACUUUUGAAAGAGAAAGAAAUGUUUAUCGAGAAACUUCAAGGAAAAAGUUCAGAACUUCAGGAGGAGUUAGACAAAUGUACUCAGGCCUUAAGGAAAAAUGAAAUAUCAAAGCAAAUCAUCGAGGAAAAAGACAAAAGUCUUGCAUCUAUGAAAGAGGAAAACAAUCAUCUGAAAGAAGAACUGGAACGACUCAGAGAACAGCAGAGUCGAGCUCCACCUGUGGCUGACCCUAAAACACGAGACAUCGUUACAGAGCUGGAAUCGGAGGUGUCUCAGCUAAAUAUAAUAAAGGGUGAUCUUGAGGAGGAAAUCAAGCAUUACCAAGAGGUCAUCAAAGAUCAAAAUCAGAGUCAGAUGCAACUACUUCAGUCUUUACAGGAGCAGAAGAAGGAAAUGGAUGAGUUUCAAUCCCAGCAUGAGCAAAUGAAUGUCACACAUACCCAGCUCUUUAUGGAGAAAGAUGAGGAAAUUCAGAAUCUGCAAAAAACAGUUGAACAAAUCAAAACCCAGCUACGUGAAGAAAGACAGGACAUUCAAACAGAGAAUCCUGACAUUUUUCAAGAAACCAAAGUUCAGAGUCUUAAUAUAGAAAAUGGAAGUGAAAAGCAUGAUUUAUCAAAAGGUGAAACAGAAAGACUAGUGAAAGGGAUAAAAGAGCGUGAAUUGGAGAUCAAGCUGCUAAAUGAAAAGAAUAUAUCUUUAACGAAACAGAUUGAUCAGCUGUCCAAGGAUGAGGUUGGUAAACUAACUGAGAUCAUCCAGCAGAAGGAUUCUGAGAUACAGGCUCUUCACGCUCGGAUCUCCUCAGCUUCCUACAGCCAAGAUGUGUACUUUCAACAGCAGCAGCAAGCGUAUGCCAUGGAAAGAGAGAAUGUAUUAGCUGUUUUGAAUGAGAAGACUCGGGAAAAUAGCCAUCUAAAAACAGAGUACUACAAAAUGAUGGACAUAGUUGCUGCCAAAGAGGCAGCCCUCAUUAACCUACAAGAUGAAAAUAAGAAAUUGGCCACAAGAUUUGAAAGCAGUGGCCAAGAUAUGUUUAGAGAAACGGUCCAGAAUUUAUCACGUAUCAUUCGAGAGAAAGACAUCGAAAUAGAUGCGUUAAGUCAGAAGUGCCAGACUUUAUUGACAGUUCUGCAGACAUCCAGCACUGAUAAUGUGCUCGGAAGUGUUAAUAGUAAUCAGUUUGAGGAGCUUUUGCAGGAGCGUGAUAAAUUGAAACAGCAAGUGAAGAAGAUGGAGGAGUGGAAACAGCAGGUGAUGACCACAGUGCAGAACAUGCAGCGUGAGUCUGCCCAGCUCCAGGAGGAGCUUCAUCAACUGCAGGCGCAGGUUUCUGUGGACAGCGAUCAUAAUUCUCAAUUACAGGUGGACUAUACUGGCCUGAUCCAAAGUUAUGAACAGAAUGAGACCAAACUCAAAAAUUUCGGUCAGGAAUUAGCCCAAGUACAGCACAGCAUUGGGCAGCUUUGCAGCACCAAGGACCUUCUUCUGGGCAAACUGGGUGUUAUUCCACCACACUUCCGCUCUGGCUCUUCCAGCACUUCCCAGUCAGCCGAAUCUCGGAGGGAAAGUAAGUCUGAGAAGCUGAGCGAGGCUUCUGAGUUGCUUCAACACGAGAUUGAAGACCUGAGACAGUCACUGAAGGAAAAAGAUGCCACGAUUAGAACUCUGCAGGAAAACAAUCACAGGUUGUCUGAUUCUAUCGCUGCCACCUCAGAGCAAGGAAGGAGAGAGCAUGAGCAAAGUGAUUCCGAAAUGAAGCAGAUAAAGGAGAAACAAGAAGUUUUGCAGAAGUUACUUAAGGAAAAAGACCUCUUAAUUAAAGCCAAAAGCGACCAGUUACUGUCUUUAAAUGAAAGCUUCACUAACAAAGCAAAUGAGAAUGAACUUUUGAGGCAGGCAGUAACAAACCUGAAAGAGAGAAUAUUGAUGUUAGAAAUGGACAUUUCUAAACUAAAAGAGGAAAACGAAAAAAUAGUGGAAGCGUCCAGGGGAAAGGAAACUGAGUAUCAAGCCCUGCAAGAGACUAACGCAAAGUUUUCUAUGAUGCUGCGUGAGAAGGAGUUCGAAAGCCACACGAUGAAGGAGAAGGCCCUUGCGUUUGAGCAGCUGUUAAAAGAAAAAGAACAGGGCAAGACUGGGGAGUUGAAUCAACUUUUAAAUGCAGUAAAGUCAAUGCAGGAGAAAACAGUUGUGUUUCAACAGGAGAGAGACCAAGUCAUGUUGGCCCUGAAGCAGAAGCAGAUGGAAAACAGUGCCCAGCAGAACCAGGUUCAACAUUUGCGUGACAAAGAAUUACGCUUAAACCAGGAGCUAGAGAGAUUGCGUAACCAUCUUUUAGAAUCAGAAGAUUCUUAUACUCGUGAAGCUUUGGCUGCAGAAGAUAGAGAGGCUAAACUAAGAAAGAAAGUCACCGCAUUGGAGGAAAAGCUAGCUUCAUCCUCUAAUGCAAUGGAAAAUGCCAGCCAUCAAGCCAGCGUGCAGGUGGAAUCCCUGCAGGAGCAGCUGACUGUGGUCUCCAAGCAGAGGGAUGAGACGGCGCUGCAGCUGUCCAUGUCCCAGGAGCAGGUGAAGCAGUACGCCCUGUCACUGGCCAACCUGCAGAUGGUGCUCGAGCAUUUCCAGCAGGAGGAAAAAGCUAUGUAUUCUGCCGAGCUAGAAAAGCAAAACCAGCUGGUGGCUGAAUGGAGGAAGAAAGCAGAAAACAUGGAGGGAAAAGUGGUGUCAUUACAGGAACGGUUGGAUGAAGCGAAUGCUGCGUUGGAUUCAGCAUCAAGACUUACAGAACAGUUAGAUUUGAAGGAAGAACAAAUUGAAGAACUGAAGAAACAAGAUGAGCUCCGAAAGGAAAUGCUGGAUGAUGUACAAAAGAGAUUGAUGAACUUAGUAAAUAGCACAGAAGGAAAAGUGGAUAAAGUCCUGAUGAGAAACCUCUUCAUUGGACAUUUUCACACACCGAAAAAUCAGCGUCAUGAAGUGUUCCGAUUAAUGGGGAGCAUCCUGGGUAUCAAAAAGGAAGACAUGGAGCAGUUGUUUAAAGAAGAUCGGGGUGGUGUUACCAGGUGGAUGACUGGGUGGCUUGGAGGAGGAUCCAAAAGUGUACCCAGUACACCUCUGAGACCAAGUCAGCAAUCCCUGUUGAACAGUUCUUUUUCAGAACUUUUUGUUAAAUUUCUAGAAACAGAAUCUCAUCCAUCUAUUCCACCACCAAAGCUUUCUGUUCAUGAUAUGAAACCUCUAGAUUCGCCAGGAAGGAGAAAACCAGCUAUGAAUGAACCAGAAAGCUUGAAAGAAGCAACAGCUUCCGGAGCCGGUAGGAGAUCAGAUGUGAAUCCAUUCCUAGCGCCCCGCUCCGCAGCCGUGCCUCUUGUUAACCCAGCUGGACAUGGAAGUGGUGGGUCUGCACAUCUUCUUUUGAAACCCAUCUCAGAUGUUUUGCCCACAUUUACACCAUUGCCAGUGUCGUCUGACAACAGCGCGGGAGUUGUAUUGAAAGACCUUUUAAAGCAGUAGACGAUUCUCAAGCCAGAGAUCACAGAGCACUUUAAAGACAUCAGGAACACUAUGUGUAUGUACUUUCUCACAAAGCGGCCUUU